AUGGCUGAAAAGCCAAGUUUCUAUACGACUGUAGUUGAUACCAAUCUUGGAUUGUGGGCGAGCCCUUGUGAUCUGUGAGUGCUUUCUGAAUCUGAUGCCUUUCUCUUAUUCCUUCUCUCAUCUCUGUAUGCAACAGUGUGGGUUCCGCAUGGUGUUUUCCUUUAAUUUCCCCUCUUUUUUCUGUUUCUAUAUCAAGCUUAGCUUAAGGUUCAUGGGUCAUAAAAUCAUAAAACUAUAAAUAACAACGCACAUUCAUUUACCAUCUAUACUUGUAUUCAUUCCUGUGUUUCUUAUCUAGUCAAGUUCUGAAAUCCGAAAACUCUCCGCGACAUGUCAAACCAACCUGCCCCUGCUCGUCCAUGGUUCCGUUUGCCAUCAAUAGCUCGGCCAACUGCCCCUACAACAACUCCAACUCCAGAGCCACCACCUCCACAACCCCGUCCAGCUCUUGCUCGACCUGCAUUUAGGCCAACUGCUCCACCUCAGCCAGUGCCGACACAGCCUCGAGAAACCACUCCUCCUGCUGCGGCAGGACCACAGGCUGUAGCUGCUCCCCCACCCGAACCAGUGCCACCUGUUUCCGGUGUUGCUUCAGUUCCAACAUCUCCAGUUGCAAGAGCUGCAGGUGGUGUUGCGUCAGUACCAACAUCUCCAAUUUCAAGGGCACCUGCUCCUUCAUCUUCAGUGCCCACUUCUCCUGUCCCAACUUCCGCAGUGCUUCCACUCACCACCUCUUCACUUCCACCUUCUCCAACCCCCAAACCAGCACCAACUUCCUCUUCGGUUCCAACCUCUCCUGCCACUAAGCCAGUGACCACCACAUCCUCAGUGCCAACUUCCCCUGCCCCUAAGCCAGUGACAACCACAUCCUCAGUGCCAACUUCUUAUGCUUCUAAGUCAGUGACAGUCACAUCCUCAGUGCAAAAUUCUCCAGCUACUAAAGCUGUAACCACCAAUGCAACUCGUGUGCCUAGCCCUGGACCAUCUCUAAGAACCAUCAAGCCAGCAGUUCAAACCCCACCUCAAUCACCAAAGCCUAGGCCCACUGCUCCACCACCUUCUCCUCUAACACUUCCACCUUCCCAAGUAAAAUCUUAUGCAGAUCUCGAACCCAAGAUUCCAUUAGUGGCAGAGCAAAAAACUGUGUUGGUUCAAAAGACUUUUGACAAGCCUAAGGUGGCGCGCGAUUCACAGAGGGACUUUGCAGACAGUCUCAGCUCUGGCAUCGCUCGUCUUGCAAAGCAAGAAACUACUAAAGAUGUUCAAACAAAGGAGAAAGGUAACCGCAAGAAGAAUUCUUCAGAUUCUGAGGAUGGUGGCAUGAAGGUAAUUACAAUUGCCGGUGAAAACAAAGGUGCUUUCAUGGAAGUUAUCCGUUCUCCCAAGAAACAAGUUUUUGAAGGAACUUCUCAUUUUCUCCACAAGAAGGGUAAUCCUAAAAGUGAAGGCAGUGACAGCAGCAGUAGCGAGGAAGGCAACAGCAAGAAGAAGGACAAGAACCACAAUGGAAAAGCAAUGGGGCCAUCUCCUUUGAGAGCAUUUAUGAACAGUAAUGUGCAAGGUGUUAACAAUUCAAUCGUUUACAAUUCUUCAUGCAGCCAUCAUGAUCCUGGGGUGCAUGCUACUCUCUCUCGAAAACCUGCUGGUGCUGCUGCAUUCCAUGUCAAGGACCAUGGCAAUGACAACCAGAGUUAAAAAAUUAUAAAGAAAGAAACAAAGAAGUUGUGAUUUAAUGUCUUCAUUUGGUCUACAAUAUUAUAUACUGUGAGAAUAAAUAUAAGUAAUUGAGUGAUGAGAAGAAAAAGGCAUGGAUUCUUAUUCUUCAUUGUUGUGUUCCACUUUUUGUGGAUUACAAUGGAAGCUAGUCCAUUGCCUUGCCUUUGGUAGAGGUCAACCUAAAAUAUAUGUAUGCAUAUAUGCAAGUGGGUAUCCAAUAAGUCAGCAAGUUUGCUUUAUAUUAAUUUGCAUUUGCAUCCAUUUGUCAAGUCCUAUUGUAUGACAGUUUUACUUAAUGAAUUUACCAAACAUUUCUCUCU